AAAAUAUGAAAUAACCUGAGUAUAAGUGUACAGAAAAGUUAUGGAAGCCUAUAGUUAGACCUCCAAAACAUAAUUAUCGUUUAAAAGAUAUGGGAAAUGAAAUAUUUAUGGUUUAAGACACAGUUGUAAAGAGAACAGACUUUGAAAUUACCAAUAGUCGUGGAUUAACACUUCAGUGUAGGUAAUUUCGAUAAGAAUACGUAGUUUAUUUGAGCCUGUUAGAAUUUAAGAUAAGCCUCAUGCCUGUAUGAUUUAUUUACAUGGGAACUCAAGUAGUAGAGUAGAAUCACUUACAAUACUUGAAUAUUUGUUACCUUAAAAUAUUGCAGUUUGUGGAAUUGAUUUAUCAGGUAAUAAUACAAUAAUUUAAUUAGGUUCUGGUUAAUCAUAAGGAGAAUAUAUUUCAUUAGGUUACUAUGAAUCGAGAGAUGUUACUGAUCUCUAUAAUUAUUUGCGUUUAAAUAAAGUAAGGUUAAUUCAUUAUUAAAAGGUUAUUAGCCUUUUAUCACUUAAAUCGGUUUGUGGGGUAGAUCUAUGGGUUCAGUUACAGCCAUAAUAGCAGCUAGUUUGAAUUCUAACUUUAAAAUUCUUGUGUGUGAUAGUCCAUUUUCUAAUCUAACUCAUUUAUGUUAGGAGUUAGCCUCUAAUUAAUAUAGUAUUCCAGGAUGCUGUUUCAAUUGUUUUUGGUGUUUCGUUAAAUCUAAAAUAAGAAAGGAAGCUAAAUUUAAUAUUGACGAUCUUAACAUCGUUUAAAUUAUACAAAGUAUUUAAAUAAAAUAUUUUUAAUAGCUUUAUCAACUGAUGUUGCUAUUGUAUUCCUUUCAGCUAAAGACGAUACACUUAUACGAGAGAAGCAUCCUAAAAUUUUAUCGGAAAAGUUUCGAGGAAUUAAAGAAUUCAUUAAAUUUGAAGGAACUCACAAUUCUAAAAGACCAAAUGAAGUAAUGAAAGGAACUGUUCAAUUCAUAAUUGCUUAAAUGGAAAAAUAAGAAUAAAAUAGUAGUCUCAGGGAUACUAAAGUAUCAUCGAAUUUUAAAGAUUAAAUACCAAUCCCUGAUGUUGGAGCUCCUCUACUUCGUUCAGAAAAACCAUAUAUAUCCAAAACAGAAAAAUGA